AAGAGAGGGAAGGUCUUAGAUCGACCAUGGCGAUCCAUCGACCUCUCGCCUCCAUUCCCACACAUACUACAUGUAGCUAGUCCACCCCAUUCACAUAGUAAACCCGCUAUACACACACCAGGAAACAGAAUCCAAGACCCCGACAUCUUGGAGGUAGCAGUUGAAACUCUUCUUUGGCUUCUCACUGACAACAGCGAGCUACCAUACCGGUUAGUAGCGUACCGCGAAGACUGAUUGAUGAGCCAUUGAGUUGAUUGCAUGGUCCCGGCCCAGGCUCUCACAAAACAAAACGAAACGAAUCAGCAAUCAGUUGGAAGAAAUAAAACAACAUAAAAAAGAACAAGAAGAGAAGGAUAUACCAUGACUCCAGUUUCUGUGCAUACCACAACCAACCGCAACCACAACCACAAGGAUUCUGCUAUUUCUCAUUGGGCCGACAAGGAGAUUGUGGCGGAUGAUGUUCCUUCCAAGAUACCCAAUGGAUCCAGCAUUUACAUUGGCAGUUGUGCGUCCACUCCCGAAUCCGUCCUCAUGGCGUUGACCGAAUCGAGUCAUACCCGCGAUUUGCAAAUCAUUCAAAUGCUGCCCGGAGGAAAUUUGCCCCACUUGAAUGAGAGCAUUGACAAAUUUCGCACCAGCUCUUUUUUCAGCAUGUCCAAGACCGUCUACAAGAGCAAGGAAGAAUUGCAGACAUUCAUGAGUGCCGCGCACGAAGGAUUGGCCGACUAUAGACCCAUGAGUCUCAGCAGUGUCCCACGGUUGUUGGAAGAAAAUAUUCUGCAGGUGGAUGUCUGUGUCAUUAAAGUGACCAAACCACACAAGGGAUUUGUCUCGCUAGGAAUGGGGGUCGAACACACCAUGAGUUUUAUACGACAUGCCAAAAUUGUCAUUGCCGAAGUCACCCGUCACAUGCCCUGGACCGAAGGGCAUUCCAAAUUGAGAUUGGAACAAAUCGAUUGGUGGCUCUGUAUCGAUAAUGAUGACAAUCAAGAGGACGGCAAGGAAACAACAUUGUCUCUCAAGACGACUCAAGAACUCUGGCCGGCCUACUUUGACAUUUUACGUAGCAAAAAGGUUUCUGACGGUGUCUUGCACAAUUUGGGAGAACAAGUGAUACAGCUCAUACCGGACGGUGCCACCCUCAAGAUUGGAUGGAAUCCACUCUGCAGUUGUGUCUAUCCCUUCAUGUAUCAACGCAAGGAUAUGGGAUUGCAUACCGAUCUGUUUCAAGAGGAACUCUUCAAAUUGCAAAAAGCGGGCGUCAUUAACAAUUCCAAAAAGAACGUCGAUCGAGGAUAUACCGUCGUCUCGCAGGCUCAUGGCAGUGCCGAACUAUACGAGUUUCUCGAUCGCAACCCGGCCAUUGAAUUCCAGCCCACAAGCUAUAUUAGUGAUCCGCAGAUAUUGGCCAAGAUUGAAAACUUGGUCGUCUUGGAAGCCGCCCUCAAGGUGGAUCUCACAGGACAAGUUGCGACCGAUAGCAUUGCUCACAAAUUCUACGGUGGCGUCUGGAGUACCGAUCAUUCCAUUCGCGGGGCAUCAUUCUCACCCGGCGGCAAACCAAUCAUCAUGCUCCUCAGCAAGAGCAGUCAAGGACGGUCCAACAUACUCUUGGAAUUGCCACUGGGAUCGGGUGUUACCAUUACCCGCAUGGAUGUCGAAUACGUCGUGACGGAAUACGGCAUUGCCUACCUCUACGGCAAAUCCAUUCGGGAACGAUGUCUGGCAUUGAUCGAGAUUGCUCAUCCCGAUUUCCGUGGCAUUCUAUUGGAACAGGCCAAGCAAUUCAAGUACCUGAGCGAUUCUCAAAUGGGAAAAUCCUUCCUGUGUCACUAUCCCGCCCAUUUCGAAUGUUUGCACACGACCCGCAAAACCCAUCGCGAAGUCUUUGUCCGGCCCAUCAAGGCGGUCGACGAAGACUUGUUACGACAAUUCUUUCACAAACUCUCCAAUCAUUCCGUCUAUCUCCGAUACUUUCGAAAAAUGGAGUCGUUGCCCCAACGAAUCUUGCAAAAGUAUUCCGAUGUCGAUUACAGCAGUGACAUGGCAUUGGUGGUAUUGCAUCCGCCACCGUCCGUGCGAUCCAGUCGGACGGGGUCGUUUUCGUCGGAACUGGUGGCAAUUGGCCAAUGGAUUGCCGAUCCACGGCCAGGAGCCCCCGUCAAGGCGCCGCCGGAGAUUGCAUUUCAAGUACGGGAUGAUUGGCAAGGAGAAGGACUGGGCAAGUACUUGUUCCGACGUCUCGUGGAAUUGUCACAGACAUUUGAAGAUUUGACCCGGUUCAAGGCCGACGUAUUGGCGGACAAUCGGGGGAUGCGACAUGUCUUUGAAAGCUCCGGUGUGCCCUUUCGGAAACACACCGAAUUCGGUGUCGUAACGUAUACCUUUUAUUUGGAUCAGUAUCAACAACAGCAACAGCAAGAACAGACCAGCAUGGAGGAGUAGACUUUGCCUGCAGAGGCGACGAGACACGGUGAUUGAUGAUGUUUCUUUCAGCAAAGAACGCCAGUUCUACUUUCUGGCUUGUGCAUACGGUACGAGAAAACGAUUACAAUACUGCUGGUACAGAAUGUUGCAACGCUGUCAAGAUAAACGAAGACGUCACAGGCUGACCAAUAGGAGCAACCUAGAUUUCCUGACGUUGUAUUGCAUGGAGAGCCAUUGUUUCAGGCUACGAAGUGUUCCAUGCUGUGAGUUGCAAUGAGGUGCUCACGAGCCAUAACUUCACCCAGAAGAAUUAUUUUUUAAAACAGUAGCUAGAGGAGUUAGAAGAGAGACUUCAAUUUGUUGUCG